CCUGGCGCAUAAGUAGUACGCCAUUAUUGUCACACCACACCAAGGAAAAUACUAAUAGAUAGGCACCCACUGGCUACUAACAGCAACUAACGAUACGCCCAUGGCCGCCGCCGCCGUGCUGCCCCUCCUCCUUUUGCUGGCCGCCGCCUCGCCGGCGUCCGCGGUGGCGGGCGGCGACAAGCAGACGCACAUCAAGCUGUACUGGCACGACGUGCUGAGCGGUGCGAGCCCGACGGCGGUGCGGGUGGCGAGCGCCGCCGUCACCAACACCUCCAAGACGAGCUUCGGCGCCGUGGUGGUGAUCGACGACCCGCUCACCGAGGGCCCCGACCUCAACUCCUCCACCACGCCCCUCGGCCGCGCCCAGGGCACCUACAUCUCCGCCGGCAAGGACGAGGUGGCCCUGCUCAUGAACAUGAACUUCGUCUUCCAGGCCGGCGCCUACAACGGCAGCACCGUCGCCAUCAUGGGCCGGAACCCGGUGUUCGACUCCGUCCGGGAGAUGGCCGUCGUCGGCGGCACCGGCGUGUUCAGGAUGGCGCGAGGCUACGCGCAGGCACGGACGCACACACUCGAUCUCAACACCGGCGACGCCACCGUCGAGUACAACCUCUACAUCAACCACUGAUCAUGCUUCCGAGUGCUCUGCUCUGUUCCAUCCAUCGUGCGCAGCAGUAAUACAAUACAGGCUUUGAUUUGUGCUUUAGUUUGGGGGCAUGAACGAAUUUUAUAUUCAUAAUUCAUGGGAGAAGAAUCAAGCUCGAAUUCCUAGAUUUUCCCUAUUUUUUUGUGCGGAUUUGGUGAACAUAAAUAAAGAAUAAUCCCUUGGCUACAAA